GAAAAAGUCCGCGUCUUUGAACUAUGGACAGCGAGAGCUGAGAAUGAACACCGCCGAACAGCUCUGCGUGUCUCUAUUGAGCAAGUGCAAGACCCUCAAAACCGUGAAGCAAGUCCACGCCUUUGCGUGCAAGACCGGCCUGGAUGCCCAUCCUUUGGUCUCUGGCAAACUCCUCCUCCACUGCGCGGUCACAAUCUCUGGCGCUCUCGAAUAUGCUCGCCGUCUGCUCCUUCAUUUUCGAAACCCAGAUGCUUUCAUGUACAACACGCUCAUUCGUGGGUUCGCUGAAUCUGAUACCCCGGACAAUGCGUUUGAUGUGUUCGUUGAAAUGCGCCGGAAAUUAAUCGACCCGCUUGAUAGCUUUUCUUUCGCGUUUAUACUCAAGGCGGCGGCCAAUUGCCGGUCUUUGAGAGAUGGGAUGCAGCUGCAUUGUCAAGCUUUGACUCAUGGGCUUGAUACCCAUCUUUUUGUUGGGACAACGAUUAUCAGUAUGUAUGCUGAAUGUGGGAUUGUCAGCUUUGCACGCAAAGUGUUUGAGGAGAUGUCUGAUCCAAAUGUGGUGGCUUGGAAUGCGAUUCUUACCGCGUGUUUUAGGUGUGGGGAUGUGGAGGGAGCGGAAACAAUGUUUGAUCGUAUGCCUUUGAGGAAUUUGACCUCGUGGAAUGUUUUGCUUGCAGGGUAUGUGAAAGCGGAUGAGCUUGAGCUGGCUAAGAAGGCGUUUUUGAGGAUGCCGAUGAAAGAUGAUGUGUCUUGGAGUACUAUGAUUGUUGGGUAUGCUCAGAGUGGUUGUUUUGAUGAGGCUUUUGGGUUUUUCAGGGAACUACAGAGGGAGGGAAUUAGACCCAAUGAGGUGAGCUUGACUGGGGUUCUCUCUGCGUGUGCACAAGCUGGGGCAUUUGAGUUUGGCAAAAUUCUACAUGGGUUAGUAGAGAAGGCUGGUUUUCUUUGGAUGAUUUCAGUCAAUAAUGCACUCCUGGAUGCGUACUCUAAAUCUGGAAAUGUGGACAUGGCUCGGUUGGUCUUUAAAAGGAUGCCGGAGAAAAAGAGUAUUAUUUCUUGGACUUCAAUGAUAGCGGGGUUUGCAAUGCAUGGUUAUGGCAAAGAAGCAACACAAGUUUUCCAUGAUAUGGAAGCAUCUGGAAUUAGGCCUGAUGGGAUCACCUUCAUUUCAGUUUUGUAUGCUUGUAGUCAUGCUGGUUUGAUCGAUGAAGGAUGUGAGUAUUUCUCUAAGAUGAGAUAUUUGUAUGGUAUAGAACCAGCUAUUGAACAUUACGGUUGUAUGGUAGAUCUAUAUGGUCGAGCUGGUAAACUGCAAAAGGCCUAUGAUUUUGUUAGUCAAUUGCCAAUGUCUCCUAAUGCUGUUGUUUGGCGAACUCUUCUUGGGGCUUGCAGCAUUCAUGGUAAUGUUGAGUUGGCAGAACAAGUGAAGGAAGUGCUCUCCAAACUUGAGCCUGAAAAUUCAAGUGACCACGUUCUCUUGUCAAAUGUAUAUGCUGUUGCAGGGAAGUGGAACGAUGUUGCUGCUGUAAGAAGAUCAAUGGCUGACCAGAGGAUUAAGAAAACUCCAGGAUGGAGUGUGAUUGAAGUUGAUAAGGUCAUAUAUAGUUUUACGGCUGGUGAAAAAUCAAAUAAGAUUACAGAAGAGGCUUAUGAGAAGCUAAGGGAGAUAAUGUUAAAGAUAAGGGUUGAUGGAGGUUAUGUUCCGGAGGUUGGGAGUGUUUUGCAUGACAUAGAAGAAGAGGAUAAAGAAGAUUCAGUGUUCAGGCACAGUGAGAAACUUGCUGUAGCUUUUGGCUUGGCAAGACUGCGGGUAGGAAUGAAUAUAAGGAUUGUGAAGAAUUUACGAGUCUGUAGGGACUGUCAUACAGUGAUGAAGCUGAUUUCUAAGGUUUAUAGAUUGGAGAUCGUAGUGAGAGACAGAAGCCGUUUUCACUCCUUCAAGGACGGCUCUUGUUCUUGCAAAGAUUACUGGUGAGUGGCAACUGACGAAGUUCUUGAAGAAGUAUAGCUCCUAUAAGUUAAGAGAGAUCAAAGUCAUGGAAGAAUAUACUGACAAGGAUACGCAACACAAGAAGGAACGCCAAGAAUUUGUCCUUAAGUCACAUUACUGAUCAAAAAUUCAACUAUUGGUUCAAAGGAAGCAGGGGAAAUGAUGAAAACUGAAAAUGAACUUCUAAAACAACAAGGAGCAGUUGAGUACUGAGUAGGCAGAUAGAGAAUUGAAGUGCUGGCAGAUUUUCAUUUAACUACACCCAAUUGGUUGUUGUCAACAAUUUUCUUCACUCUUUUGACCCCCCAAAAUGUGUACAGAUUAUACAUGCUAGGAAUUUUCUUCAAAGGUGGAGCAUUUCAGAUGGGAUGUUUGUAAACGUUUGUAAUGAGCAAAGGAAGCAGAUAUUUUUGGAAAUAUCCCAAGCUG